ACUCCAGCUCAAGAAACGUGUGCAUUUAUAUACCCCACAACUAUUUAUUUUUUUGUACAUUUUAAUUUAUAUUUACUGUAUUUUCCUCCGUCUUCUCUCUUCAGGGUUUGGGUUUUUUUUCCCAUUUGCCCAGUUCUCACCCUCACAGCCGAACUCAGUUUCACCUCUUGCUUUCUGUCCCCUUUAGUUGAUUCUCUCUCUCUCUCUCUCUCUCUCUCUCUCUCUCUCUCUCUCUCUCUCUCUCUCUCUCUCUCUAGUAUUUGUGUUGUUUUGUAGAAACAGUAGGAGCGGUGCUUCUUUUAUAUGCAAAAAGAGUGAUGUCUAGUUUAUAUCCACAGAAUUUGAACUUCUCACCUGCAAGAAAUAUCCUUUCUCCGCAUCUAAGGACCAACUCCGAUGUCGAAAGUCAGUACUUGCAAGAGAUGCUGGCAGAAAGGCAGAAGCUUGGGCCCUUCAUGCAAGUACUUCCCAUUUGUAGCCGACUCUUGGAUCAAGAAAUACUAAGAGUAUCUGGAAGAAUAUCGAACCAAAGUUUCGGGGACUAUGACAGAUUGCAGAGGGGUAGUCCUAGUCCGGUGGCGUCGUUAGAUGUAAUGCCGGAUGUUGUAGGAAAACCUUUAGGUAACUGGAAUGGAAAUGGCUGGAGCGGCAUUCAACAUGAGAGAUUAGGUGGUGGCCCACAGGGUAUGACCAUGGACUGGAAACCACCCGGAAGUCCAAGUUCGUUCGUAGUCAAGCGCAUAUUACGUUUGGACAUACCCGUUGAUAGAUAUCCAAAUUUCAAUUUUGUGGGAAGACUUUUAGGUCCACGAGGCAAUUCUCUAAAGCGUGUGGAAGCUUCUACUGGUUGUCGUGUAUUUAUCAGGGGGAAAGGUUCGAUAAAGGAUGCUGACAAGGAGGAGAGCCUGAGGGGAAAACCAGGCUACGAACACUUGAACGAGCCACUGCAUAUUUUAAUUGAGGCAGAAGCUUCGGAAAUACCUGCUAAUAUUGUUGAUGUUCGACUCAAACAAGCAAAGGAAAUCAUUGAAGAGCUUCUCAAACCCGUGCAGGAUGAAUCACAAGAUAUGUACAAGAGACAACAGCUGAGAGAGCUAGCAAUGCUGAAUAACAUAAGAGAAGAGAGCCCACAACCAGGUGGGAGUUUGUCUCCCUUCACUUCCGGUGGAAUAAAACGCCCUAAAACGAGUUGGUAAUGUAAUAAUACUAAUUCUCGUUUUAUGGUUCCUUUUGGAAGAUGCGAAACAUUCUAAUGGCGUAAGGUAAUAUAGUCCAAGAUGCAAAUCUCAAUCGUGUAUUGGCUAUCACAAGACUAUGCUCGCUGACCUGGCAACGAGCAUCGAAUUCAAGAAACGUUUAUAUGAAAUGUUCGACCGAUGGUUUUGAAGAUGAAAUGGUUUAUUUUGGUUGUCGUUAGAGAAGUCUUUGUAUAAUAGUUAUUGGAUUUAUUUGUUGGUUAAUUAGUAGCCCUUUUGUUUUUCUUUUUUAUUUUUUUCCUUUUUUCGGGUGGUGGAACUGUAUUUUGAAUCGUUUCGUUUUGGAGAGAUUUCUCGGCUACUCUUAUGGUGUUUAUGUAUAUUUUUGGCUUCUUAGACCUAAAAACUUUUGCUUCACAUCUUUUCUCGAAUUUGGAAAAAUAAUUAAAUGUUUUGUGGCUUGAUUUUA